GGCAUUGGUUUCAAAGGCCUUUAUGGCGCUGUAAAGAAGAGCUGAGCUCCUAGAAAGCCGGUCUGCUUCGCUCUCUGGGGAAAAACAGAGCUGAGGAGGUGGAAAGCCGAUCAUCACGGCUGAGGACUUGUGGAAUGCUGUGAAGACUCCCACUGCCCCGCAGCCCUAGGCAGAUCACCGUCGGGAGUGUCUCCAUCCGAAGGAAGUUCGUCCACGAGAGAGUUCCCGGUCUUCCACGAUGAACCCUGUUUACAGCCCCGUUCAACCUGGGGCUCCCUACGGAAACCCGAAGAACAUGGCUUACACAGGUUACCCCACGGGAUAUCCCACCGCGGCCCCAGCCUACAACCCCAACAUGUACCCAACCAGCAGCCCCGGCUACGCCCCAGCUACACUUCUGAUGAAGCAAGCCUGGCCACAGACCUCCUCGUCCUGUGCCACGGAGGGCACCUUCCACCUCCCAGUGGACACUGGGACCGAGAACAGAACUUAUCAGGCUUCUUCUGCAGCAUUCAGGUACACCGCGGGGACUCCCUACAAGGUCCCACCGACCCAGAGUAACAACGCGCCUCCUCCCUACUCUCCGUCUCCGAACCCGUACCAAACGGCGAUGUACCCCAUCAGAAGUGCCUAUCCCCAGCAGAACCUGUACACCCAGGUACGUGCCUCGCUCCUCGCCUCGGGUCCCGGGCAGCUCAGGAUCCUACAGGGACGUCGCCGUGGCCGGCGGGGACGUCCUCGAGGGAUGGAGGGGCUGGGUUGGGCUGAGCGGUGGGAUCAGCACGGUGACACCCCUGGGAGUGGGGUCUGUUCCCCCAGAAUCACACCCCUGGGAGUGGGGUCUGUUCCCCAAAAAGCACACCCCUGGCUCUGUGCCCUAAAUGAGCCUGGGUGACCCCAGGGUCCCCGUGCUGGUGGCAUCGCGCUCGAGGUGCCUGCCACGUCCCGUAGAAGUGCGUCACCUUCCUGGUGACAGCAUGACCUUCAGGCACGA